UUGAUUUUUAAUUGGAGCAGUUAAUUUUAAUCCUGCAUGUUUGAAUUCUCUGGCUUUAAACCAAUUUUUCUUAUAGUCAAGCUAAAUCAUUUGGCUCAUUAAAUGACUGAAUAUUUGAGAUGAAUUGACAAUAUAGCCUCGAAAGUGAUUCGACGUGAUGGCAAAUGUGAUUCUAUCGGAGGCGGAGAAAUUAUUCAUUGUACAUGGAGUGGAGCAAGACUGUCGCAACGAUGGACGAACUAACACUGACUACAGGGAGUUCUCAGUGGAGACAGGAGUGGUGUCUUCUUCCAAUGGGUCAGCCAGAGUCAAAGUGGAAGGCAAUACAGAUGUAUUGGUUGGAGUGAAGGUCGAGUUGGACAGUCCAGAUAUCAAGACACCUGAUCAGGGCAGGAUAGAUUUCUUCGUGGACUGUUCCGCCUUGGCCAGUCCCCGUUUCGAAGGGCGGGAGGGGAAGGAACUGGGAACAGACAUCUACAAUGUGCUGAACAGUGUCUACUGUCAAGGGGCUACUGCUGUGUCAAACCUCAGCAAAUUGUGUAUAGUGGCUGGAAAACACUGCUGGCUGUUGAACAUUGAUAUCGUUAUUCUAGAAUGUUCGGCCGGAUCUCUGUAUGACAUCAUUUCACUUGCAGUAAAAGCGGCACUGUUUGACACACAGAUCCCAUCAGUGGAGUACGAUAGUGAAAGUGAAGAAAUUCACGUGAUGAGUGACAUGAAUGAAUGUAUGGACCAAACUGAGUGGUUCAACUUCGAAUUAUGUCCUCUCUUGGUCACUGUCUCCAAAAUAGGAUCCUCCUCCUCCCAAUCAGCACACGUGGUGGAUGCCACGAUAGAAGAGGAAGCGUGUUCUACAUCUCAAAUUGUAAUGGGAGUUGACACCAAAGGCAGAGUGUCCGGUUGCAGGAAGUAUGGAACCCACAGUCUGUCCUUUUCAUCUUUUGCGACCAUGAUGGAUCUCGGCACAAAGACGGCGAAGGAACUGCAUGAUAGAUUAAAACAGCAACUGAUUGCAUAUCAGCAGUCAUUGAACUCGGCGCUUACUUUGAUGGAUAUUUGAUCGCUUUGAACUCAUUGUUGUGAACCUUUUCAGCUUGAGUAGUUUUUUGAGUUUCCAUGAAUACACUU